UGUUGCAGGCAAAAGCAUGCUUAGCGUGGUUGUGUUGACAGUCAGCUGUCUAGUGUCAACUUGAUUCACAGACCAAGAAGCUUCAGUAGAUUAUGGGAUUUAACAGUUUUGUCACCCGUGUGCACCGACAUUAGGUUUUAAAAAUGCACGUAAAGGAAUGCAUCGUGUCUGCACCGGGGAAAGCAAUUCUCCACGGUGAACAUGCGGUAGUACAUGGUAAGGUGGCUCUGGCGGUGAGUUUAAACCUACGGACAUAUUUACGCUUGCGGGCCACAUCCAACGGCAAAGUGUGCAUCAACCUCUUAAACAUCGACACGUUCCUGAGCUGGGAUGUGACGGAACUGCAGCAGCUCUUACCAGACUCUGUUGCUGAUCUGAAGAGCCUAAACAAGCUAAAUGCUGAACUGGUCACAAGACUGCGUGACUUUGUCGGUGUGUCGAAUGGGAAUCUGGAUACCCGCAGCAUGGCCAUACUGGCCUUUCUCUACAUCUACCUGUGUGUCUUUGCAGGACCAGGCGACCUGCCCAGCCUGACGGUGGCGCUGUGGUCUGAGCUGCCCACAGGAGCAGGCCUGGGUUCCAGCGCUGCCUUCUCUGUGUGUCUGGCUGCUGCUCUGCUGUCUGCCAGCGGGGACGUCCCCUGCCCCCCGGCCAAUCAGGAGGACACAGCCAGGUGGGGGGAGGAUGACCUGCAGCUGAUCAACAGGUGGGCGUUCCAGGGUGAGAGGAUGAUCCAUGGGAACCCCUCGGGGGUGGACAACGCUGUAGGAACAUGGGGGGGCAUUCUGAGGUACCACUCUGGGGAGAUCACACCUUUGAGCAGAGUCCCCGUGCUAAGAAUCCUUCUCACCAACACUAAAGUCCCCCGCAGCACCAAGGUGCUUGUCGCCGGAGUGAAGGACAAAAUUAACAAGUUUCCCUCAGUCAUGACGCCAGUGCUGGAGUCUGUGGAUGCUGUUUCCUGUACAUGCGAGCAGACUCUGUCAGACAUGACCAGUGUGUCCUGCACAGCUGAGCACUACAGCGUUCUGGAGGAGCUGAUUGACAUCAACCAGCACCACCUGGUUGUGAUGGGCGUGGGUCACCCAGCCUUGGACACGCUGUGCCGGGUCACCCUGGCCAGGGGCCUCCACAGCAAGCUGACCGGCGCUGGGGGAGGGGGCUGUGGCAUCACCCUGCUCAGACCAGACACGGAGAGCUCAGUGGUCCAGAGCACCAUUGAGGACCUGCGGGGUUGUGGAUAUGACUGCUGGGAGACCAGCCUGGGAGGGCCUGGAGUGCGGCAUCACACUGCUGCCUCUGUGAAGCAGGAGGCCCUGGAGCUUCUGCUGCAGUACUGACCCAGAGACACCUGGCCUGGCCCCCUGGCCUGGCCCCCUUGGCCUAAUGAACAAUCGAUUCCAGUGUGAUGUUGUCUUUGUCCAGUAGGUGGCAGCAAAAUACCAGAAAUACACAUGCAUCACAACAAAGAACUGAAGUUGGAAUAGAGUUCCUAAGGAUUUCAUUUGAAAUUAAGAAUUUAUCUUAAGAUUGUAUCUUAUCUACAAGCAGACAUGGUGCUUGAUACUGCUUAUCUCUGUCUGAAAACAGCCUACUUGUACUGAAUCUGGCCUGUUUCCCAUGACUAAUGGACACAUUCUGGAUGGUUUGAAAUAAUGUUGUCAGUAUGUUGACUACCCGAUGCUGCUAUUUACUGCGUUCUAACAGUUUGCAUAUGAAAAUGUAGUAAUGUCGUCAUCACUGUUGUGUUUUGUUUUGUUUCCCAAAAUAAACAACUCACUCAAG